AUGGUAUCAAGGAGCGCUUGCGGGAAGGCUUGCAACAGCUUUAGUAGCAGUGAUAUAUCGCAAAACAACAUUAUACCGCCAUGGUGUUCCUCGGCACGACUUUCGAGAAAGAAAAAACGACCAGAAUUCACUCUAGAACGGGAUACACGUUCGUCUAAUACAUUACACGAUAAUAUCUGGGAAUAUCAUGACGACAAAGAUUUACACAACUUUGUAUGCGGUCAAAGAAAAACUGCUAAAAACUGCAGCAAGCAAAUGAAAUGCAAACAAAAAGGAUGCGGAAUCUGCUUUCAAUUACUAAUAUUUUUCCUCUUAACUCUAGGAUGUACAAUGACUUUCUGGAAGUACGAUUUGGUCGAUAGUGAAGAAUUAAUAAAAAAAGUUAUUACGAAAACGAAAUUCAUCUUUCCGAGCAUGGAUGAGGCGACAUCUGUCGACGGAUGUCGCCGCAGGAUGGGCCACUUAGCAGGAGAAUUGUCACGGGCUCAACGAGCACUCAGAGCGACGUUGCGAUUCCGAAGAACGUUGAUGCUCACCACGCAAUCUGUACAAGAGUUCAGCGACAAAAGCGUAAUGCAAAGGGGCUAUGUGGCUGGGGUAGGGGCUUCAAAAGGCAGUGACACGAGGGAGUGGGGGGGCCGGGUCGCGCUGUGGGGGGUGCUGCCGCUCUGGCGCGCCGCCCCCCCGCCGGACACCGUGCUCGCGCUGCGCCCGCCCGCGCCUGCCGACUGCUGGCCUUUCAGCGGAUCACACGGCGAAGUUGUUAUCGAGUUUGCACGUACAGCGACACUGAGCCAGAUGAGCGUUGAACACGUGCGGCCCGAUACUGCCCGGAGCGCGCCUAAAAACUUCCUCCUAUAUAGUAUUUUAGAAAAUAACACACGAGUGGAAAGUGCGCGUGGUGCCUACACGUAUAACAGGCCCGCCAAACAAUACUUCCCGCUCACCGCCCGGAGCCCGGUGAGACGCGUCGCGUUCACUGUACUCUCCAACCAGGGCAAUGAAAGAUACACCUGUUUAUAUAGAAUACAUUUUUAUGCAUCGGACCUUUGUGAGAUGCCGAUGUUAAUUGCUUUAAUGCCAGAACAAUUGUCUGUCAAAGGUGUACGAAUGGUAGUCAUAAAUAUUAUUCAUGGCAUAAUGAAAGUUACACAAAUGCACAACAGUACUUGCAACAGGAACAAGUCUGCUCUCGCAGAAAGGAUUAAUGCAUGA